AUGUACCACUCUGAUGUGGAGGGAACAGCAUUCCACGCACCUCUGGCAUAUAGCUAUGCUGGUACAAGCGAUCCAUACGUGAAGUUUAAGCUGAAUGGGAAAACCCUGUAUAAAAGCAAAGUGGUGUAUAAAAACCUGAAUCCAGUUUGGGAUGAAACCGUUGUGCUUCCAAUACAAUCUUUGGACCAGAGACUCUGGGUGAAGGUUUACGAUAGAGACUUGACUUCUUCUGAUUUUAUGGGUUCAGCAGUCCUAAUACUUCACAAACUGGAACUAAACAGGACUACUGAGAGGAUUCUUAAACUGGAAGACCCAAACAGCUUGGAGGAUGACAUGGGCGUGAUUGUGCUGAAUUUAAGACUUGUUGUGAAGUCGUGCGAUAUUAAAAGAAAUUCUGGCCAUUUCCGCACAGGCUACUAUCUUCCUUAUCGUCUCCUCUGA